CAGCUUCUACGACAAAACAUCACAGUGCGGACAAACGAUGUGUGUAUUAUACGGAUAAAAACAACCACGGUAGAAGGAAGCCAUUGAGAAGAGAGUUAUAGCGGAUCAGAUGUCGUGAUCGUGCUAAUGAACCGUCGCCGGAUACUGUUACCAUCCACAUUAUGGUGAACGAGAUGUGCCGGUAAUCGACGUCGCAUGCGCAUACCACGGUGAUCACGUAAUGCACUCCCACAACCGCAACACAGGUGGACAUUUACACAGCGCAUAUAUCGCGGAUGAUAUGCAUCAUAUGCUGAAUAAGGCCGAUUUGGGCACCUAUGGCGAUUACUCGGAUUCAUCGGAUUAUAAUCCCAAACAUCCCAGAAUCUAUAAGGUCAACCAUUUUGUUCUGCCGCUGUUCUGCUUGGAAGCGAUCGCGUUGGGAUGUGUCGGCGCAUUAGCCUACUAUCUGCGGUUCACCGAGGUAUUUCCACUUCAAGAGAGCAUUGUUAGUUGCACUGACCAUGGGAUAAAUCACCCCUUUCUAAAUGCCACGGCAUUGUUGACGGAUGUGCCGGUGGAAGUGUUCUACAGUGUGGCCUUGCUCUCACCACUAGUAACGAUUUUCAUCGGCGAGCUAGGUUAUUGGCUGUUCUCCAGUAAACCAAAGAAAGUCGUUCGUGCACACUGCAUUGGAUUCAAAUUACAUCUUAUGCCACGGCGAUUUUUUCGCUAUGCAGGUUUAUUUCUCCUUGGUCUCUUCACAACCAGUAUUUUUACGGACCUGGUCAAACUGCUGAUCGGCCGUCCCCGACCGUAUUACCUGCGUGUGUGCCACGCGACCUGCAUCAAUCCCGACGGAACCACCCACAUCAACAACAAUGAACACUGUAUUCUGGAGGACAUGCGGUUCGCACAGAUAUCCUUUCCUUCCUUCCAUGCAUCGGUCGCAGCAUAUUCGGCAUUAUUUUUAUCGGUCUAUCUGCACAGUAUACUGACAGCCCGUGGUGCUCGUCUUUUACGCCCGAUUCUCUUGUUCUCCAUCAUAGCUGGAGCGGCAUUUGUCGGAAUCAGUCGUUACUUGAUGAACAAAAAUCACUGGCAAGACAUUGUUACCGGCUACAUUUUGGGAGCAAUUACAGCGCUGUAUCUGGGCAUUUUCGCCAGUAACUCUUUUGCGGAAAGGUCAGCCGUUGCGGAACCCUUACUGCCAAAUCGAAGAAAGUCCGGUUCGUCUAGCCCGACAUUAGCGCUACAGGAUUCUAAAUCCCCGUUCUUCUCGUGGUUUCCCAUUCCGCGUGUGUCGUUCAAAACCAAACCAACCCGCUUUGUUAACGGCUUCCCCAAUCAUGCCGCGGAUUACUCCCAUGAUCCGGCUGCCGCGGUCACCGUGUACCAUCCGGAUUUGAAUAGAUCCAUUGACAACUUCAGCCGAACUUCCAAUCCGCAUAUGAUGCAGCAUUAUUGACAUAAUUUAUUAAAGAAAACUGCUCUUCCUGAUUAUUAAAAAAAAACUCCGUUUUAUAUCAUUUCUGAAUCUGCUACAGCGCAAUGCCUUUUAGGCUUUUACAUCUGCAUGCAGCUCUAAUUCUGUUGCAUAUGUACCUGUUGUAAUUUAUUUACCACGAUGGUUAGUGGAAUUAAAUUAUGG